UCUUUUUCAUUUCAGUCAUAGUACGUACUCGCCUUCUUUAAUUUAAUUGGUUUGUUGGUAUCGAAUCCCAACUAUCUACAGUAUUUCUUUGUGUUUUAGCGGAUCCCGAAGCUGGAUACUGAUCAUAAGCAACUAAGUGAGUAGCUAGCUAGCUAGCUAGACGAGAGAUGGAUAAACAGUUUUCUGUGAAGGUGGAGGAAUCUGGAAGAAAAGGUGCCGGUGGUCAUGAUCCAUCUGUUGGUCCUGUCUACCGUAAUCUUCUUGCCAAACAUUGUUUCCCACCACUUGAUGAUUCUCAUUUGAAUACUACUUGGGAUGUUUUCAGGUCUUCUGUUGACAAGUAUCCUGACAACAGGAUGCUUGGAUGGCGUGAAGUCGUUGAUGGCAAGUGGGGUCCAUACAUUUGGAAAACUUACAAGACUGUAUAUGAGGAAGUUCUGCAUGUUUCCUAUGCCAUUAGGGCUUCUGGAGUCCAAUCUGGUUGUAAAGUUGGAAUUUAUGGAUCAAAUUGCCCUCAGUGGAUUAUAGCAAUGGAGGCUUGCAAUGCCCAGAGCAUCAUUUGUGUACCUCUAUAUGAUACCCUUGGGGCAGGGGCAGUAAACUAUAUUUUAGAGCAUGCUGAAGUUGAUAUUGUUUUUGUCCAAGAUAAAAAGGUUAAACAGCUACUGGAUCCUGAAUGUACACAUACUCGACGUCUCAAGGUGAUUGUUUGCUUCACUUCCAUGGAAGAUGAGGAAAAGGAAAAGGCAGAUUCCAUUGGAAUAAAAUCUUUCUCAUGGAAUGACUUCCUUCAUAUGGGUAGCCAACAUCCAUCGGAGCUACAAACACCUCAGCCAUCUAACAUAUGUACAAUUAUGUACACAAGUGGCACCAAUGGAGAUCCAAAAGGUGUUAUAUUAACACAUGAAAAUGCUACAACAACUAUAUUUGGGGUCGAUCUUUUUAUGAAACAAUUUGAGGAAAAGAUGACUGUAGAUGAUGUUUAUUUAUCCUUUCUACCUCUCGCACAUAUCCUUGACCGUAUGAUUGAAGAAUACUUUUUUCAUAUGGGUGCUUCUGUUGGCUUCUAUCAUGGGGAUAUAAAUGCUAUACAAGAUGAUAUGAUUGAACUGAAACCAACAUUUUUGGCUGGGGUACCUCGUGUUUUGGAAAGAAUUUAUGAAGGUGUGUUGAAAGGACUAGAAGAACUUAAUCCAAGGCGGAGGAAAAUAUUUGACAUUCUAUAUAAUCACAAGCUUGGAUGGUUAAAAUCAGGUUAUAAGCAAAAUUAUGCAUCACCAUUUGCAGAUAUGUUGGCGUUCAGAAAGAUUAGGAAUAGACUGGGUGGUAGGAUACGUCUUAUUGUAUCUGGAGGAGCCCCUUUAAGCCCCGAGGUGGAAGAGUUCUUGAGGGUCACAUCAUGUGCUUUUGUACUACAGGGAUAUGGGUUGACAGAGACUUGUGGUUUAGCUGCAGUUGCAUAUCCAUACGAAAUGUCAAUGGUGGGGAGUGUUGGUCCUCCUUUUGUAUACACCGAGUUACGUCUUGAAGAAGUUGCAGAUAUGGGUUACGAUCCUUUGGCAUAUCCUCCACGAGGUGAAAUAUGUGUCAGGGGGAAAUCUUGUUUUGCCGGAUACUACAAGAAUCCAGAGUUGACAAAUGAGGUGAUGGUAGAUGGGUGGUUUCAUACAGGUGACAUAGGGGAGAUAUUACCUAAUGGAGCAGUGAAAAUUAUUGAUAGGAAGAAACAUUUGAUAAAGUUGUCACAGGGAGAGUAUGUUGCACUUGAGCAUCUAGAGAAAGUUUAUGGCAUCACUCCCAUCGUUGAAGAUAUAUGGGUGUACGGGGAUAGUUUCAAGUCAUCAUUGGUGGCGGUAGUGGUACCUAACAAAGAACAUGUAGAGAGAUGGGGACAUAAAAAUGGCCACAAGAAUUGCUUCUCCAGCCUCUGCACCCUCACUCAGCUACAAGAUUACAUCCUAUGUGAACUAAAAUCUACGGCACAAAGAAACAAGCUAAGAGGUUUUGAACAUAUUAAGGGCGUUAUUGUGGAAGAAAAAACCUUUGAAGGGGAAAAAGAUUUGCUGACACCAACAUUGAAGAAAAAAAGAGACAAAUUUCUUAGCUGUUACAAGGUUCAAAUUGAUCACCUCUACAAAAACAAAUCCUAAACCAAGAUCACCUUAUGUGUAUGAAUUCCAAAAGAGCAUGAUCAAUUUCAUUAUCUUAUUUAUGUGUAUUCUAAUGCUCCUUUUCUAUAAACAAGAAAAGGAAAUUCAAAUUAUGACACCUACCAAAAAGACAUGCCUAUUAAAAUAAGAACUAUAUAUUUAUCAACUCAAUACCAACACUUUGAAGCAUUAA